ACACAGGCACACACACAUUACAGACACGCACACGGACAUGAGUUUCCUGGUCCUGUGGUUUUGAUCUGUGUUGCAUUCAAGUACUGUUGCUUUCUGUGAUUCAUGGCACUGUGGGGGAGUCUUGAUGGUUCCGUUAUUAUUCAUACCUUUAAUAUGUAUUUGUGUUUCAGUACCUGUGUAUUUAUAUGUGUGUGUGUGUGUGUGUGUGUGUGUCGUAGGAAGCCUGCUCAGCGCUGCCAUGGCCCACAACAACUCCUCGGUGAAGAUCGAUUUACUGGUGGCGUGUUUUCACGACGACGAUGCGUUCAAGUACCGCGCCUACACCGUCACCUACCUGCUGCUGUGCCCUGUGGCGAUCCUCUGCAACAUCGGGGCGCUGGCCGUCUUCUUCCUGCAGAAGAACCGCAGAAACUCCGCCUCCUGCAUGGUCAUGAUGAACCUCGCCCUAUCAGACGGGAGCUUCUCCCUUACCCUUCCUCUGCGAUUGGCUUAUUACUUCAGGGGCGGAGUCUGGGACUUCCCUGAUUGGCUGUGCCGACUGUGCGUCUACGGCUUUUACCUCAACCUGUACACGAGCAUCCUCUUCCUCACUCUACUGAGCGCGCUCCGUUGGCUCGCCGUGAACCACCCACUGCGUCACCGAGAUCUGGUCACGCCCCCUCGAACCUUAUUGGUCUGUGGGGGAGUCUGGCUGUUUGUGGGCGUGUCCUCGGUCCCCUUCUUGUCCAAUGGGGUGACGACCAGGGCAGGGUCUCCUCGGUGCUUCGAGCCGUCUAGCCCCUCCUCCUGGGGGCGUGUCCUGAUCCUGAACUACGUGGCGUUGGCCCUCGGCUUCCUGCUCCCGUUCCUCACCAUCCUCGUGUGCUACGGCCGGCUCGUCCGCCGCCUCACGGCCCGCUCCCACGUCCACGGCGCCCGCCGCCGCGGCAGGUGGCGCUCGGUGCGCCUGGUCGCCAUGGUGACGGCGACCUUCCUGCUCUGCUUCCUGCCCUACCACGUGGUGCGGACCCUGCACCUGCACGCCGUGUGCGGCGCGUGGCCCUGCGGCCUCACGGUGGCGCUGCAGCGCGCCGCCGUGGUCACGCUGUGCCUGGCGGCGUCCAACAGCGUGGUCAACCCGCUGCUGUACUACUACGGGACCCGGACCUUCAGGGGCCACAUGAGGGACGCCCACUCGUCUCUGAGGACCGGCUCCAAGAGGGCCGAGUGAAGGACCCCGACCCCUGACCCCUGGGCGACUUCCUGUCAGAACAUUGUGAUGACAUCAUCACAAUGAUGGCGUCUGUCAGGUUCACUGAAUCAGGUGAAAGUUCAAGAUCUAAAUGUAUUUAAUUGUAAUAAAAUUAAAAUAAAUAUUUAUAUCGUU